UUGGGCAUCAUUCGAUUUCUGAUUUUGCAACGAAGACGUCGCAUCGGCAUCGGCUGGGAAAAAAGGCCCCCGUGGAAAAAUAAAACUCGUGUGCGGUUCCGUCUGCGAAACCGGUAAUAAUUCGAUUCGCUGAGUGGUUUUGUGUUUUAGGAAAACUCGGAAAAACCGCGUUUGCUUCGCAUCUUAGCAGAAAUGCGCUGUUUCCUGCCUCUGGUGGCCCUGCUCUUGGCGGCGGGCGUCCACGCGGAUGUCUCCCACCUGGACACGGAUCUCCAGGAGGAUGGCUAUCACUACAAGCAGCCGUCGGUGCCUUUUCCGCCUCCGGGCUCUGGAAAUGGCAUUGAGGAUUCGGGAAUAGGGUCAGGACCUGCUCCUUCGGCCCCGUCUCCAUCUUAUGGUCCUCCCCAGACACAACCACCUCGUCCACCACCACCGCAGCCCACUCCCACGGCUCCUGGUCCUUCCUACGGACCUCCUCAGACGCAGCCACCUCGUCCUCCACCACAGCCAACUCCCUCGGCUCCGGCUCCAUCGCCAUCCUAUGGACCACCGCAGACGCAACCACCACGUCCUCCACCGCAGCCCACUCCUUCGGCUCCAGCUCCGUCUCCAUCUUAUGGACCCCCGCAGACGCAGCCACCUCGUCCUCCACCGCAGCCCACUCCCUCGGCACCUGCUCCAUCCUAUGGACCUCCAAAGCCUCAGCCACCAUCCCCGCAGCCUGGACCGGAGUACCUGCCUCCAGAGCAGCCUAAGCCACGUCCCACUCCCUCGCGUCCGCAGCCGCCUUCACCACCACCACCACCGAGGCCACAGCCUACUCCAGGAUACGGUCCUCCACCACCAGCGCCGCCACCAAGACCUCAGCCAACUCCUGGCUAUGGACCCCCACCACCACCACCUCCGCCAAGGCCACAACCCACGCCAGGAUAUGGACCACCCCCACCACCACCUCCGCCAAGGCCACAGCCCACCCCAGGAUACGGACCACCACCACCUGGACCUUCUCCUCCAGCUCCACCACGCCCCCAGCCACCCAGUCCUCCAGCACCACGCCCACAGCCAGGAGCUGAGUACCUGCCGCCUCCUGGCGACAAUGAGGUGACCCCGGCUCAACCGCAGCCAACUGCUCCAGUGCCGGAAUACGGACCACCACCGUCGCCGCCUGCUCCACCAGCAGGACCCACCUAUCAGCCACGCCCACCGGCACCGCCAGCACCUACUUACCAGCCACGCCCACCAGCACCUGCACCACCAGCACCUGCCCCAGGACCCACUUAUCAGCCACGUCCACCAAGUCCUCCGGCACCACCUGCACCAACCUACCAGCCACGCCCUCCAGCACCACCAGCACCCGCCCCAGGACCCACCUAUCAACCACGGCCCCCAGCACCACCUGCACCUGCUCCAGGACCCACCUACCAGCCACGCCCACCAGCACCACCUGCUCCACCCACCCAGGAGUACGGACCACCGCCCACCAGUGGUGGCGAUGAGGCGGGUUCCCUGGGACCCGAUGGCUACAACUACAACAAGCCUGCCAGACCAUUUACCUUCUAGAAAAGUACUCAAAACCACUGUCCUGUGAGCCACCCUUGGACCCCCUGAAAACCCCAACCACUCAAAUAUUUUUCCAAAUAAAAACAAAUCUCAAAAAAGCCAAA